AAGUGUGCUUAGCGGUCCAGCAGCUCCAAUGCUACUCCAUACGUUCACUUGCGAACACUUACUAUGACUAUGACAGCUUAGAAGGGCCAUGCGUCGUAGCUCGUAAAACUGUACAGAGAGCUACUCGGUACUAUCCUCAAUGCCAGUCAGUCGGCUGUGGCCUCCUCGCACCAACCGAUGAUGAUGUUGAUGGUGAUGACGACACGCAGACACGCUAGCUGGUCCAUGGUGGUACUCCGAACAGUGCCGGGGAAACCAGAGGCCGGGAAAUGUAUCAUGGGAGUCAGUCCGCUAGUCUUUCGUCCACACCAUACCCCAUACCGCCGGCCACGGCCAACCUCAUACUCGAAACCCGAAGAACGGGCAAGGAGAAAGAGGUGCAGGGAGGAAGAGAGAGAGAGAGAACAGAAUUAGGAAUGAAGGAGGAGAAGAUGAUGGUGGAGAAGAAGACGAGCUAAAAUCGAGGAGAAGACUUGCUAUCCACUCGCUUGGGUGGGAGCUGGUGGGGCUAGCUAGGGAGUGAGGAACGAAAGAACGUCCUACCCAACCGCCCACCCAUCCACCAAUCUAGCAACCUAUGGACCCUGUGGACCGACAGACAGAACACGAUGUUCACUCUCAGUGACUGGGUGACUUGGUGUUUGAGCUGGCGACCGACCGACCGACCGACCGAACAGAUGAACGAACGAACGAACUAACGAACGAUAGAGAGAACGAAAGAGGAACGCCGACGCCAAGAGCAUAACGACGAGAAGGGACAGAGACAACUUCUGUAACUUUGGAGGAGACAGUUAGUAGAGAUCUGGUUUCAGUGCUUGUCAUACACGAACUCCGGAGUUCUGAUUUUGAAUGUGAAAUAACAAGUUAGAUCCAACAACAACAACAACAACAACAGCAGCAUCAGCAACAAUCAUAACAAGCAUCCAAGUUGACAUGUUGGUCUAGGGAGACACCCUCCUCUUCAUCGCAAAUAUUUGAUCAAGCCAAAAUUAUGGAUGACUACAUGACUGACUUCUUUGACAGCCCCAACAUGAUCGCCUCAAAUUGUUCCAACUCAAAUAUGAGAGGUGGACAGAUUUCUAACCGAGGUUCAAUUGAAGCUUUGAAUUCCAAGGGAUCAACCAAGGCAUUAUUGGGCGAGCGCCUUCGGAAUAACCUAACAGCAGAAAAGCGUAAGCUCGAUGAUUACGGGGUUCCCAAUAAUGGGAUGUCCGAGGCCAAGUCCCAGAAGUUGGACCCUAUCGACGAAAUGCUUUGUUUCGGCCCUAGCAAAAGCAACGGGUUUGGGAUGGAGACAUCGGGGACAGGGCAAAAGCAUCCUGGAAUUUUAGAGCAGGUGCUCAUGGAGAAAAAAACUACCCUUGUUAACAACAACAUCCAUGGCAACAACCACGUUGGAAGGCCGGGUUACAACGUGACCGGAGAUCAAGUGAUUCCAAUGAACCAAUCUGACGAUUUGGGUAGAUCUAUGCCGUACUCUAAAGUUCCGAACAACCGUGUACGAAAGGGUCCCAAUAACGGGUUCCAAAACAAUCAUAGUAACCCAAUACACAAUGGAGCUAUCAUGCCCGCCAACGGUCAGGAAUACCUUGAUUCAUCUGCCAUUAUGAGUCCUGGUGUUAACAGCUGGAAAAGCCGCCCAGUCCACCCUGGUCGACCUCAGAGCUAUCCCAACGGAACGCCCAUGGCCAUGCAGUAUGGUGGUAAUCCAUUUGGCACCCAAGAGUCCAUGGGCAUGUUCCAAGAUCAACAGCAUCAUAUAUGGUCAAACGGUCCAGAAGCAUCUCCAUCUAAUCAAUUUGCAGGAGGGUUGGACAAUCGAGGACAACAUUUGCAAUUACAACAACAGCAACAGCAGCAGCAACAACAACAACAACAACAACAACAACCUCCACCCCCCUACCAAAGAUCGCCCAUGCGAAUGAUGGGAAGGAGUCCCGUUGUCCCCCAACAGCAAAUGUCACCUAUGGGCUACCCUGUCAGCAACGGUGGCGGAUCCGAAUUUGUUAAUGGUGGGCCGAGAUCUUUCCCCCAGAAUCGUGGAAACAUUUACGGGCCUAAUGGGAACAACGACUUCAUGGCUCGUGGUAAUGGAGGAACAAUGAGUUUCGUCAGUGGACCAAUGAUAAGCCCAGAUCAUGGAGCUGGACCAAUGAUGGCCGUGUCAAAUGGGCCGUCUUCAUAUAUGAGCUAUGACAAUUCACCAGUCAUGAUGACAAAUGGACCAAUCCAAAGAUCUCAGCCUCAGCCUCGAUACCAGCACGAAAUGGGCCAAACGAGGCUUGGGGCUCGAUCCAAUUCCCUUCAUUCUCCUUCGACGAGGCUACCACAAGGUUCGCCAAAUCUUAUGGCGUCCGACCAUUCUUCUUUGGGUGGAAUUCACAUUGGAAACGAUCAGUCUUACAGUGGGGUGGGUAAUGGGAUCAACGAGUGCUAUCCACCCACUUCCAUGGGAUCAAACGUGGAAGAUAGCAGCAAUCAGUCCCGAGUUCACUUUGACAUGCACAAUGUGGCUCAAAGCUACCAGAGCUCUCCUCAGGUUCCAGUGGGAGCCGCCAAUUGGAAAUCCACGAGUCAAGAAUUUCGUAGCAACUUCCUUCAACGGCUCCACGGAGCAUUGAAGAAUUUCAAUGACCCACAUUUACUUCAAAUGGCCGAUGAGGCUGAAAGGUUGGCAUUCGACCAAUGUGAUACUCAAGAUGCCUACCAAAUGCAUUUGGCGGAGUGGCUAGCCAACAUUUUUACUCAGCUUGACACUGAGACCCAUUCUAAUCAUGAGCUUGCGACUGAACAGGAGUCUCUAGGUGAGAACAACUCGGAGACUGGUUCGCAAUCUUCUCUACAAUAUAAUUUCAACACGAGUGAGACCUUGUCCGUUCGGGAACAAUCUUCUUCGUAUUCAAGCCCUUUAUCCCAACCAAGCUCGUCUCUUUGCGACAAGAAUCCAUUGCUGGCGACGCUUCUGCCUGGUGGCAACUCUGCCUCCAAUGACGAGGACACCAGUGAUGACCACCACCUCCAGGACCAACAUGGCAUCAGAGAGGACCUGGCUACAGACAACCUGUCUCCUUUAAUGGCCCCGCAGUCUUCAGAGAGUGGAGUGACCUCACCCGAUCCCAAGGCAUUUUCUUCUCCCUCUUCCAUGUCCCCUUGCUCUACGACGAUGACCAUGUCGGCCAAUACUCCGUCCUCCACCUCAAAUAGCUACUCGAUGGUGAGUUCCUCUAUUAAUGGAUUUCCUACCCCGACCAACGAUGAACAAAAGAUCAGUUCGAGGUCAGGGUUGACGGGACGGAGGCUCUCCAGUAAAGGAGGCUCAAACAACAGUCAGUUGAACAAUCCACAUUCAGUCGAUUCUGGAAUUGGUAUUGGAUCUCCACGUAGCGUUCCCUCAAACUCAUCUCCAAAGAUUCAAAUGGGGACUUCACCUAGUCUAACAGCAGUCGCUUCCGAAGGACCCCUCGACAAAUAGACCUCAUUCCAAAGAAACUGAAGAAACUUAAAGAGGAGAUGCGCCAAAUUAUCCUAUUCAAAUGCAUCAUCAAGGAUUCAUAUGACGAUUGAGUAACUGUCUGUGAGAUGUGUUUGUUUGACUCUUCAGGGACGAUAAUCAGUCACUCUGACGAGCUCAGAUCAGUCCAUCCAUCCCUUCCCCCUGUCCAAUGGAUGGUUGUGUUCGGAUGUCAGUCCACCACUCUUGAAUAGAAUACGUCUCUGAUGAAAGUAACAGGCCAUGUACUUGAUUUGAGUUAACAAUACAUAGAUGUUAAUUGAGAAUGAAACCAAACCGUCUCAGUCAAAGUCCAAAAUAUGUCGAAACGAUACCAUUUACUACAACUGCUUCUACUUCUGCUAAGACUAUUGUACUACUUCUAUGAUCACAAUUAUGAUUAUUUUUGUCAUUAUUUUUACCAUAUUUCUUCUAUGAUUAUCAAUUUAUCAUGUUUCUCAGUACUUGCACUACUACCACCACCACCACUGCUACUACUGCUCUACUACUCUACUACUUCUGAUGCUACUGCAACAGCGGCGAUUGCUGCUGAUGUUGCUACUACUACUACUAGUUUUACUAUUAAUGCUAUCAUCAUCAAUUUUGCUGCUAUUACCACCACCACCACCACCACUACUGUGAAGAUGAAGACGACGACAUAUGAUCAACUAAAAAUCUACAAGGAGUCAUACUUUAUUUUAUAAGAAAAGAAAUAAUAUGUAAAGAAAAUGUGUUGCAUAAAUCUUUUGUUUGUACAUGUGAUGAUUGGCGAAUAUUUGUCAGCACGAAGUGAUAACAAGAAAAUAUGCCUGCAUUUGUCUACUCACCUCCCUUAUCAAUUUGGUUUGAGAACCGAUUCCCGAUGAAAAAUACGGCAUGAACAAUAUUGCCCGCAAGACCAAUGGUUAGGCCAACCAAGUCCCCUGGGUUUGGCUGAAAAUCUCUUGGUAAAUUACUUCUAAUAGGGAUCCCUAUAAGAAACAUCCCAAUGCUAUUUUAACUGCAAUUCGAAACACGGGCUGUCAUCAUCAUGAAACUUAGUUUUUGGUUUAAUUCGUAAACGUUUUAACCCAUUCAUUCAUCCCAUUUUAUUAAAACAGAGCACAGCUAAUUCAAUCGCGAACACCUUGUUUCGGUUACCAAUUAGUUGUGGGAUGGCGUUUGCUUUUCUGUUCACGAGAUCGAUAUGCAUAUUUACAUAUACAAAUUUAUAUAUAUAUAUUCAUUUUAUUUUACAUAUCACAAAAUACGAUUGACAUAUUUUAUGACGAAAAUGUAUACCCAAAUAAAUACUUAUAGUUUUGAAUAAAUCACUGAACAAAUAGA